AUGAGGGAAGAGGAUUCGAAUUGGUUUGCUAAAUGGGAAGAUGAAUUGCCAUCACCGGAUGAGUUGAUUCCCCUAUCCCAAUCUCUAAUUACAACUGAUCUAGCGCUAGCCUUCGAUAUUAGAAAUCCACAUCAAAUUGCGGCGGCGGCGGUGCCACCGCCUCAAUCUGCUGCUAACUCCUCAGCAGAAUUUGACUCGGCUGAGUUAGGUGGCGGAGGAGAGGGCGGCAGUGGCGGAGGAUCCGGGGCUGGAGACGAGCCGGCGAGGACUUUGAAGCGGCCAAGGCUCGUGUGGACGCCGCAGCUGCACAAAAGGUUUGUGGAUGCUGUGGCCCAUUUGGGAAUCAAGAAUGCUGUUCCCAAGACAAUAAUGCAGCUCAUGAGUGUGGAUGGACUCUCUAGAGAAAAUGUUGCUAGUCAUUUGCAGAAGUACAGGCUUUAUUUGAAGAGGAUGCAAGGGAUGUCGAGUAACGGUGGCGGUGUUGGUGCCAAUAAUUCUCCGGCAGCACUGGCUGCCGUCGGCGUAGACCCUGCCACGGACCAUUUAUUUGCCAGCUCGCCGGUGCCAGCACAUUUCCUGCAUUCAAGCAGGCCAAAUUCUGACCAUUUUCUCCCAUUUUUGCCGGUGACAACAAUGCAGAAUCAUCAUCAGAUGGAGGUGGUGGGGCCAGGGGCGCACCACCAUCAGCUGCAGCAGCAAUUUCGGCAUUUUGGGACUUCACCACCAAAUGGGCAGUUCGAGCAUCCCUUUAUGUGGCAGUCACAGCAGCAGGUGCACAGGAUGGGUACGCCAGUGCACGUUAGAAAUGGUUCUGCCGGGGUGCCACUGCCAUAUGUGAAGGAUUUGGAGUCAGCCACUGCCACAGAUGGAAGGAAAGUCCUCACCCUGUUUCCAACUGGUGAUGAUUAA